CAGCAUCGAGCGAUUUGGUUGGCUCCUCCUGUCAGCCAAUGAAGGACUCUCUUGUACGUACGUCCUCCUACCUACAUGUGAGUAGUGCUCGUCUGCUAGCUAGGCACUGACUAAAGAAACACCAUGCUUCGUCGGGAGGUGAGACUGAGACGAGAGUACCUGUACAGGAAGGCACAGGAGGACAGGCUCCGAACAAUCGAGGAGAAGAAACAGAAGCUGAAGGGCGCGCUCGAAGAAAAUCGUCUCCUUCCAACUGAGGUCCGCAAAGAUGCUCUGCAGCUGCAGAAGCUACUGGAGUAUGACGAUGAAGGGGCCGAAGGUGUCAGCUCCCACAUGGAUGAUGAGUAUAAAUGGGCCGGAGUUGAAGAUCCUAAAGUCAUGGUCACCACAUCCAGAGACCCCAGCUCCAGACUCAAAAUGUUUUCCAAGGAGGUAAAGCUGAUGUUCCCUGGAGCCCAGCGCAUGAACAGAGGAAACCACGAGAUCAACUCGCUGGUGAGAGCCUGCAAAGCCAACAACGUAACAGACCUCGUCAUCGUGCAUGAGACCAGAGGACAGCCAGAUGGCCUGGUGGUGUGCCACUUGCCGUUUGGACCCACAGCUUACUUCACACUGUACAACGUGGUGAUGAGGCACGACGUUCCAGACAUAGGCACCAUGUCGGAGGCCUACCCCCACCUCAUCUUUAACAACUUCUCCUCUCGACUCGGCAGUAGGGUUUCAAACAUCCUCAAGUAUCUUUUUCCUGUGCCGAAAGAGGACAGUAGGCGUGUCAUCACAUUUGCCAACCAGGAGGACUUCAUCUCAUUCAGGCAUCACACCUACAAGAAAACAGACCACAGGAACAUCGAGCUGACAGAAGUUGGACCCAGGUUUGAGAUGAAAUUGUACAUGAUCAAACUGGGAACCCUGGAGAACGAGAGCACCGCGGAUGUGGAGUGGCGUCACCAUGCUUACACACACACAGCCAAGAAGAGGAGGUUCCUCAGUGUGCAAUAGGAACUAAUAAAGCAGGACAAAGCUGUUGGCAAAAAAUGCUUUUUUGGACUUUUUAUUUUAAUUUUUUAUAAACCCUUAAAAGUUUUUGUUAGUUGCCUACCAAAUAUGGCAGAUCUAUAAUAGGUUCAAGUCCGGGGUUAACAAUAGUCAAACUGCAUCAUAUCCAUCAUGAGUGAGUGUAGUUUACAACUAAAUUUAGCCUUUUUUUGAUAAACCCAUAGACCAAAAACCUAAUGCAUACUGUUCUGAGUGUAUUAAAACUGUUAUACUAUUUUUUAAUAAAAUGUGUAUCUGAUUAUUUAUGUUGGCUCCAUGAUGUUCAUACUUAUCCAUAUGUGCAAAUUAUACUUAAGUGUAUGAAUAACUGGGGCCAGUGAUUGCUAUCAUGCAGAAAGCUUCCCCCUAUGUAACAUCAUCAGUGAGGAAUUAGGUGACACAGGCACUUGUUCUCUCAUAUCUAGGAAACUCGUUAUUUCGUCCUAUGCUGCAAAAACAGCUACCACAUGCAUUUGCUUUCUGAACUGACAUUUGUGUUCAUGAUUAACAAAUCAUCGAGCAAAAAUCUGGUAGUCUAAUAAGAAUUCACAAACAAUCAUCACCUUAAAUCGUUGCCUCUAAUCUACAACUUCUUAAACAUUUUUACUUUAAUUUAGCAUUUUAUCAAAGGAAAUACUGUAUAUUGAGAAUUUACACGUAAAAUGUUGCAUGACUUGUUCUUGUAAAACAUGGUGU